AUGACCGAAAUCAACGAGCUGGCCGCUGAAAAUUACGACCAGUUCCCGAACACCAGCCAGCCGGACUGCUUCGUGCCUCUCCAGGAUGGUACCGUGUGCCUGUACAACCAGGCUACGGCAGACAUCCUCUUCGACCAGAUCUCCUCGUACGGUCCGCGGGGCUACUCCGACAUGCUGUGCGCGCUCACGCUCAUGAUUUUGACGUUCUACUUCGUGACCUCGUCGGAUUCUGGAUCGUUCGUGGUGGACAUCCUUCCCUCCAACGGCCACCCAGACCCCCCGGUGUUUCAGCGCGUCUUCUGGUCCUUCACAGAAGGGGCCACCGCCAUUGCCUUGCUGUACUCUGGCAACAACGCCAAAGAUCCAGACGCUGCACUUAAGGCCCUCCAGGCGGCGUCCAUCAUCACGGGCCUGCCCUACACAUUUGUCAUGUUUUGGUGCUCGCAGUCGCUCGUGAUCUUGUGCCAGGAGGAGAACGGUGGGCUCGACCCUGACCGGAAAGCCUUCUCAACGUUCAUCUUCAACGCGAAGAAUAUCGUACUUCAUUUGAAGAACACGGCCGUGCCUGGCUUAACCAUGGGCAGGGCUGUGGUGCACGUCGGCAAAUGGCCUUUCUCUGGCCUCGGUCCGGGCGUCACGUUUGGCUUGUGGACGGGCGCCUUCUCUUUGCUGUACUACAUGGCAAUCAUUGUCACCAUCUGUACUGCGGCCCUUUACCAAUGGGCGCUCAUCGGCUGCAUGUUCUACAUCGGCUUCGGUACCUUCGUUGGCCUGCUCCGCAACCACAUGCGCGUGAAGCACUUCAUCGAGCAUGGCGACAUCGCCACGGACCUUCUCUGCGGCAUAUUCGCGCCCAUGUUCACCCUCUCCCAGAUCGAGGCGCAGUUCACGGUGCCGAUCGAGAACAAGAAGAAGAACGACGACCUGGAGGUGAAGGAGGGCAACGAGAAUAUCUGA